CAAUAAAUAGCUGCUAGAGAGAGCAACAAGGUCACUUGUUCUUUUUCUUUUUUUAGGUUUGGUUUUUUUUGUCGCUGCUUUCUGUGCUGUCAUGAUAUUGUGCUUAUUAUUUUGCAAAUGGAAUAACUGAGUGUGCUUUGAAAUAAUGCCUGACCCCCAAACAUCCUCAAUGAGCAGCAGAAGAUAAAACAGAUUCUGAUCAUCAAGAAAAAAUUUAGAUGUGUGUGUAUAUAUAUAUGUGUAACGUUUUAUGAUGGAUAUAAUGUUGCAAACACAAGAAUAAUUGCAAAUUGUAUGUGUAAGUAUCUUCCCUAAUUUUAUCUUUUAGAAAAUGAUUUCUGUGGUUUUUAUUUUUAAAAGAAAAAUGUGUGUUUGUGUCUUUAUGGACUUUUAGAGCAUAGUAUCCCAAUGACAGGAACAGCUAGAAGAAAACUGUAUUUCUGUUAAAAGUAUCAAAUCAAAUGGCUAUUUGAUGCUCUGUGUUUUCAUAGAAAUGCUGGAAUGCUAGAAACUGUGUGUUUGAUUUUGUUAAUAUUAUACAGCUGAGGGUGCCUCUUUAAAUCACUAUGGAGAAGUCACAGGGGGCUCCUCUUCUGUGGUAUCAGAGCAUACAGGAAUUUCUUCUCUUACUAUGCUAAGGACAGGGUGAGGUGUUAAAGCAUACACACAAAAAAAGAAUAUCCCACAAUUAAAGCUGUGUUGGUUAUGUUGCUUUCAUAGAAGUUUUUCUGCAAAGCAUCCUGAAUCUCUCACAUGCUAGUUGAGCUUUAAUAGGGUGGGGAGUAAUGGAAAACUCAUUGGAUCUGUAAUAGCUCUUCACUUGACUGCAGCCAGCAAUAACAGCAGGAGCAGCCAGAGAUAAGAGAGAGAGAGAGAGAGAGUGUGUGUGUGUGAGAGAGGGAGUGGAAGAGAGAGUAUACGCACACCAAAGCUGCCACUUUUUUUUUCCCCCUCACUCUUUUUUUCCCCCCAUCCUAGGAUCCAAUGAUAGCUGGACAAGUCAGUAAGCCCUUGCUGUCACUGCGGAGUGAAAUGAAUGCAGAGUUGAGAGGUGAGGACAAGGCAGCUACUUCAGACAACGAGCUGAAUGAGCCCUUGCUUGCGCCUGUGGAAUCAAAUGACAGCGAGGACACUCCCAGCAAGCUCUUCGAGGCCAGAGGAAACACAGUGCUGCCUGAUACGAGCCCAGCAGACCAGCAUCAACCCAGUCAGUCCCAUCCUGCAUUCCCUGUUGCGCCUCAGCCGCUACUGACAGCCCAACAGUUAGCCUCAGCAGUAGCGGGGGUGAUGCCAGGAGGCACUCCAGCCCUGAAUCAGCCAAUCCUUAUUCCUUUCAACAUGGCUGGGCAGCUGGGGGGCCAACAAGGACUCGUCCUAACUCUACCUACAGCAAAUCUCACCAACAUCCAAGGACUGGUAGCAGCAGCUGCAGCAGGAGGCAUCAUGACUUUGCCAUUGCAAAAUCUACAAGCUACCUCAUCCCUGAACUCCCAGCUUCAACAGCUUCAGCAUCUUCAGCAGCUCCAGCAUCAACAGCAGCAGCAGCAAAGCCAGCAGCAGCAGCAAGCUCAGCAGGCACAGACUCCACAGCCAAACCAGCAGACCCAGCAAUCACAGCCACAGCCAUCAGCACCACCACAGCAGAGCCAAACACAGUGCCAGAGCCAGAGCCAACCACCUCCAGCCUCACAGUCCUCCAGCUCCCCUCAGAAAUCCAGCCAGUCACCAGGGCAUGGCCUUCCAUCUCCUCUUACUUCACCAAAUCCACUGCAGCUGGUCAAUAAUCCACUAGCAAGUCAAGCAGCAGCAGCUGCUGCAGCAGCAGCCAUGGGCUCAAUAGCAAACUCCCAGGCCUUUGGAAACGCCCUCUCCAGUCUUCAGGGGGUCACAGGCCAGCUCGUCACUAAUGCACAAGGACAGAUUAUUGGAACAAUCCCACUGAUGCCUAACCCCGUCCCGUCCAGCCAGGCGGCAGGUGGAGCUCAGGGACUUCAGGUGCAGCCGAUAACUCCACAGUUAUUGACCAAUGCCCAGGGUCAGAUCAUCGCCACUGUCAUCGGCAACCAGAUACUGCCAGUGAUCAAUACCCAGGGAAUAACACUAUCGCCGCUCAAACCAGGCCAGCAGCUCCAUCAGCCCUCCCAGACGCAAGUGGGACAAGCAGCCUCACAAUCCAAUCUCCUGCAUUUGGCUCACAGUCAAGCAUCUAUGUCUCAAAGCCCAGUGCGUCAGGCUUCCUCUUCUUCCUCCUCAUCCUCCUCCUCUUCAGCUUUGAGUGUUGGCCAGUUAGUCAGCAAUCCUCAGACAGCCACUGGAGAGGUGGAUGGGGUAAAUCUGGAAGAAAUACGAGAAUUUGCCAAAGCUUUUAAAAUCCGGCGCCUGUCCCUGGGCCUGACACAGACUCAAGUGGGCCAAGCCCUAAGCGCCACCGAAGGCCCAGCCUAUAGCCAGUCUGCCAUCUGCAGGUUUGAAAAGCUGGACAUCACCCCUAAAAGUGCCCAGAAGAUAAAGCCGGUGCUUGAGCGGUGGAUGGCUGAGGCUGAGGCCCGCCAUCGAGCAGGGAUGCAGAACCUUACCGAGUUUAUUGGGAGCGAACCAUCCAAAAAGCGCAAGAGGCGUACCUCAUUCACGCCACAGGCCCUUGAAAUCUUGAAUGCCCACUUUGAGAAGAACACGCACCCCUCUGGGCAGGAAAUGACAGAGAUUGCAGAGAAACUGAACUAUGACCGGGAAGUAGUUAGAGUUUGGUUCUGCAAUAAGAGGCAAGCACUGAAGAACACAAUUAAACGUUUGAAACAACACGAGCCCGCAACGGCAGUUCCUAUGGAGCCUUUAACAGACUCUCUGGAAGAAAACUCCUAAAAGCAAAACAAAACAAAGCCAAAUCACACAGAAAAAAAAACCCCACCAACUGAAAUGUGUCCAUUUGAACUCUGUGAAAAUACCUAUUCAUCACCCUUGUAAGUAAAAGACUGAGAAAACUACAAGAAGGACAGAACAGUUUAUAAAUGUCCGUGGGUUUUCCUAUUUAAAAAAAACAAAACAAAACAAAACUAAAAAAGAAAUACACAACACUUAGAGUGUGUGAGGUAGAAUUAGUUCCCCAAAAAAAGAAAAAGACAGUUUUUUUAAUGGACUUAAAGUAAACCAAAUAACUGCUUAAUUUUUUUCUGUAUAUUAUGAAAAUAUGAACACAUUUUAAGGAAAAACAAAACAAACAACAAAAAAAAUAUUAAAAAAAGAAAGAAAAAAGAAAAAACUUUUAUCUGUUUAAAAGAGAAUACAAGCCUGCCACCUGGAGGAGUGAUUGUAGCCUUUCAGGUAUCAAGUGCUUAUUCACUAUGAAAACUAUUAACCAAAGUCAGAAACAUGACAUUGCAAACUAGAUUGUUAGUCUACUCUUUUAUGAGUGCAAAAUUGUGUUAUGAAUUUUUACAUUUGUAUUUUGCAAAGAGGAAUACAGGAUUAAUUUCUCUCAUCCUUGUUUGUACCCCCUGCAGGUGUGUACAAAGCCAUUCCGUAGUAGUCACCUCAUUUUCUUUUAUUUUAGUUAACAGUUUUGCAAUCUCCUAAUGUUUGGGUGCCAAAAAUAAUCACUUUUUAUUGUGAAUUGUGGGAUUUAGUAUUUCUCCUCUAAGGGUGUAUGUCUUGGUUUGCAUUUCUUUUUCUGGUUUUUUUUUCCUGAUUCUAUUUGCUGCCUCCUCCUUCCAGAUCAUUCUCCACCCCUUCCCCAAGCUCUCCAAACUCAGUAUGGUUUGAAGAAUUUUAAAAAGUGAAAUCUGAACACUUUUAUAUGCUGAAAUGCAAUGAGGACAAAGAAGGAGUAGGACUAUGUCUGAUGGACUGUCAAGCCCACACUGAACAUUGUGCUUUUUGUCAAAUGUGUAGCUUGAGAUUUCUCUGUCCUUUGGCCGUGAACCUGGAGAGGUUACCAAAACUCAUUUUGUAGUAUAAAUAUAAACUGCACACUUGGUACAGUACUGCAUCUAUAUUAUGGUUCCUUUUGAAGCAAUUUCUCUCCAAAGCCUGCUAGCCAAAGAAAUUUCUUGAGGUUCUGAUGAAAACAAAUGGACAGACUGAGAAGUGGUGAGGAUGUUUUGAUCAUUACAUCACUAUGGACAAUUUUGAUGGUAGUGCUCUGUUCCUUCUGGCUUUUUUUUAUGUCACAUUGAUGCUUGCCCUGUUGGCUUCUUUAGUAGGAGGAUGUGCUUCUGCAGGUAUCUGCUGUGGCCACUGGCUAGACUAAGCAAUUGGGACAUAGGGAAAACCACUGAGUGUCCCUUGUUAAUAUAAGGUGGGUCACCUGCAAUACGAUUCAGGUGAACUGAUUUUUCUUUAACAACAGUUUAUCUCUGUGGCUUCCUUUCUGAUUGGACAAGCAUCUGCUAAAAUACUGUGGUCAUUGGAUCUACAAGCAUACCAAGGCUCAGAGGCAGAGAAAGGCAUUGCAGGUUCUUGAUAGGGUGUGGUCUGACCUGUGAAAGUCCUCUGCAAUCUUCAUCCUCUGCUCAGUUAUGCUCAAGCCUUUGGGAUUCAGCCCAUUGUUAGGGUAGAAGCUGCAUGUUGAUCAGGUCUUCCCAAAAAAUAAUGUCAGAUAAUUGGUUCAGCUCAUUGUAGAGAUGGUUAAAUUUUGCUGGUAUUGCAUUCCUUAACCUCAGAAUGGUUGUGCUGGAUUUUUGGUGGUCUACCUAGGAUGUGGAAGGAAGUUCCUGAAGUGCUGGAGUCUUCAAAUAACACCUCUCUUACUAAAGAGUUUUCAAAAACUCCAGGCUAUAUCCAAAACUUAGUGCAUUCGUUGAUUUCACUAGGCUUUGAAUCUGGCCCUCAGUAUUUUAUUAAUGGGAUUUGCCUUGUAAAGUAGGGUAUUUAUUGCAUGGUUGGUGGAGCUUUAAGAUUUCAGAGACCUUCAUCUGGGCCAGAAGCUGCUUCUAAAUGUGAGCACUCUCAAAGGUCAGUGUUGGAGCACACCGAGGAUCCAGUACUCCAGGAUGGCUCAUGUCCAGCAGACGCAUUUUAGACUUUAAGCUUCACCAGGGUAUGCUUAAGGAUGUUUUCAGUCUUGCUUUUAUGAGGAGGAGGGUGACAAUUGUUAUUGACUACUUUUCAGCUGCUGAUAUAUAAAUAACUGCUGGGGGGAAAAACAGCUCAGCAACCACAGGCAAAUUGUGAGGGACAAAAUAGAUCUAAGCUGAGCAUGUAAAUUAGAGAGUCUCACAGCAACAUGUGCCCCUCUGGGUUUUCUUUUUACCCUCUCUCUCCACAGAUACCUUAGUCCUCAGAAAUAUCUAUGUUGUCCAUACCAAACAGCCCUACAGUUGUCACCGCUGUUCAAUGUACAUAACCGUCAGACCACCAUCCAGAAGCCAACAGGAAAGCAAGGAUGCACAAAUCAUAUUUGGAAGCAGUCACUCCUGAAAUCCUACCCAUGUCUCCAGAACACUCCUAAUUGCCCAGUCAUUAAUGCCACACACACAAUUAUAUGUUCAGUCAUCCUUAAGGCCAUACCCUCCCCUACUCCAUCCCCACCAUCAACAGCCUGGGAACAAAACCAUCUACCAUUCUUUGCCUCAGAACUAAAUUUCCAAUUCUCCCAGGGACUGCUCUAAAUUCUGUGAAGAAAAAUCCCCCAAGAAAAAAAGUUAACUAAACACUGUAUGAAAGAUACUAAAUGUUUAAAAAUAUGCUGGCAGCAGUUGCAUAAGUUCUUUUCUGUUCCAAAGUACAUAUUGGAAGGAUAUAACUAGGACAGUGAAAAUGUAAAGUAAACAUAAAUUGCCAGCAUGGAAGAAAAAAAAUGUUCAUCCCACAGUCUUAAAAUCAUUCAUAUGCAGUGAUUUUUUUUACAGUUUUCUAACUUUGUAUUAUGUUUUGUAAAUGAUUUAUAAAGUGUUGUAAUGCUUCUCAUAUUAAUUUUUUUAUACACAAAUUUUUGCUAUGAGGCAUAAAUGGUGCCUGAACAGAUUCUUAGGAAGAUAAAUUAUGUGUGAGUCAUACAUCUUUGGGAGGGCCAUAAAUAUUCUGUUUUGUUUUGUUACUGGCAACAUUUCUGGUUCCCAUUUGUAAACAACUGUCAUGUAUUGAUAACAUUUGAAUACCUUUUAAUUUUGCAUGUGACUAAAAGAUAGAUUGCUACCAGCAAAUGAAACAAAAGUCUCUUCAGUCAUACGUAAAGGUUU